CAGCUAUACAACACAUACAUGGUUUAAAUCCACCUUCUUUUAUUCUAGAUAUUGUGGAGAAAGAGACACACGUGAGGGAGAGUCUGCCAGCAGUCCCUGUGGCCACAGGUAGACGUUAUAAUCCAGAUCAUCAUCACCGAUCUCUUACUAUAGCUGUUAUUUUGAAAGUAAAAAGAUUUUUUCUGCAGGUCUGCCUGUUAGAAGGCACCAUAGUUCCACUCAAGCAACUUCUGUAACAACAGGGCGGACUGUCGGUGCCACAACUAACACUGGUAGCUUUAUCUCUACAAUCCACACAUCAGUGAAACCAGAGACAGAUAAAAGAACACGUUUAUUAGCACUGACUGAAGAAGGACAGUCUGAGUGUUCAGCUUCAUCAUGGCUGGACGUCUGCUGCUCAUCAUCCUCAUCUAUUCCUUUCACAAGAUUCAUGCACAAGCUCUUCUUCCACCUAAACUGGAAGUCAAAUCACCGGUGAUCACAGAGACAGACUCCGUCACACUGAACUGUAAGACUUCAUCAUCUGUGUCUCAGUGUUAUUUCUUCACUGUAACACUGAGUGAAGAACGUAUUGGAGGCUUCUCUUGUCUGCAGACACUGACAGGAACUGAGCUGCUGCUGAAGUCACAUCAGAGUCCACCUGCUGAGGUUAAAGUGAAAUGUUUCUACACUGUAAUGUUUAAAAAUUUUAUUUAUCCAUCUCCACACAGUGACAUGUACUCCAUCAUCAUAAGCAAAAGUGAUUCCACAACUCAAACAACAACUCUGAAACAAGCAUCAGAUAAUGUGGAGAAAGAGUCACAUGUGACGCAGGCUAAGCCUGAAUCUACUAUGACCACAGGUAGUUUGACCCCUGCUGACACAACUCCUAUGAAUCCAGCAUCUGGAGAUGAAAGAACAGCAGAGAAGAUGACGAUGAUGAUUGCAGCAGGUGUGACUGCAGGUGUCCUCUUUCUUGGAUUGGUACUUCUCUUUUUUCAAAGCAGGACUGAAAAAAGUGUUUCUAAGAGACCAAAAAUAAACGUCGCUGGUUUGCAGGCUGGUUAUGAUGAAACCUACAGUGUUGUCACCUAUGAAUGCAACAACUGAGUGACAUCAUCAGGACUCAGAGAAGAGUCUCCUGAGAGACAGCAACCAGCAAUGCAAAGUCAAUUUGAAAUCCAAACGUUUUUCUU